AUGAAUCAUCAAUUGGUGUUAUCCGUGCUGGUGUUCGUCGCUGUAUCCAUCCUCAUCUCCAGCCAUCCUACAGACGCCUGGUACAAGCAGUCCACCGGCCCGAGCUACUAUUCCGUCGGGAGAGCCUCGGGGUUGCUGUCCGGGAUCCGGAGGUCGCCGUAUAUGCGCAGAUCUGAGACAGAAUCAGCGCAGGACAGCAGCGAGACCCCCGGCGUCUCCAACAGCGUGAUGCCCGACUUCAGCAGCAGACAAACUCCAGUCCUUAAAAACAUGGCCAUCUGCGUAAAGGACAUUUCUCCAAACCUACAGAGCUGCGAGCUGGUUCAGGACGGUUCGAGCACAUUUCGGUGCAAAGCAGAGGUGUUUCUGUCGCUCGACUCGCUGGACUGCUUCUCUUCAUGAGCGGAAGCCCUCUCUCUUCCUCCAGACCCGAACAUCUCUUCCAUUUCAGGAGUUUUUACAGCCAAAGCAGUGAGGCGCGCUGUUGACACUGAAUGUUUACUUGAUUUACACCAGGGAUGUUCAGCGCUGCUCCUGAAGAUAUGCUUUCCUGCAAAGUUUAGUUCUGUAUCAAUAAUAAUCAUUUUCAUUAUGAGUGAUAUUGUAAAUCCAUCCAACUUAUUAAGAUCGGAGACUUUCCAUUCAUUAGUCGCUUGCUAUAGAGGUAAAAAAAACCAGGAACGGGAAGAAUAAAAAAAAAGUGUAGUAAACGUUAAAACGUUUUGUGAUACAAACCCAUAUGUUUAUAAUUAUGAUACUGCAUUAAAAUAAUAUGAUAAGAUAUGCAAGUUUGCAAUAUCAAGCAGGAUAGAUCUGUUGUACCAUUUAAAAAUAACCGGAAAUUGCCACGCCCACAAUUACGUAGGUUAUAAAUAAGUUGGACACUGUUUUGGUAUACACAAAAACUCAAGUGAAAUUGGGCAUCAAGACAUUCAAAUGUACAGUAAAGAGAUUGAUAUUAGUUUAGUAUAUUGGAAAUGCUGUCAAGUGAAGUCAAACCGGAUUCAAGUCACUUCCAGUGUGAACACACUUACUUUCAGCUAUAUUUUGCAGGAAAACAGACCUCGGAGAGCUGUUUUGAACAACCCUGGAUCACACAAUGUGAAGUUUGCAGCUUUAAAUUUGUAAAUGGAAAAAUACAAAAUCCACAGAAACAAAAUGGUGUUAUUUUCUGUUCAGUCUGUUCUCUUCUGCGCCCACCCGUCUCCUGUACCCACUUUCAGAUGUAUUAAAUGUUCAUAAAAAGAGUUCACUGUUAUGAGCAAAAACUUUCAAAGAUGUUUUCUUUAUUUUAUUAAACUUGAAAGAUAUACCGUUCA